AUGGUGGACAGAAUCAGGAUACAAGAUGAUCUUGACAGACUGGAAAACUGGGCAAAAAGUAGUAAAGGUGGACCAUUUGUUGAAAUCUUCAGCGCUCAAGGCAAGAAUCCUGGAGCAAAAUGGAAGAUUUUUGGCAGUCCAUCAGUAGUUGGAAAAGAGUUCGAUAAGGAAGUGAAAGGCUUUGUAUUUGUUCUGGAAGGAAGCAGUCAAACCAACAAGAUGCAGCUUCCCAAGGAAAUAAAGCAAACACUUGGACUGAUCCAGCAGUUUCUGGUACUUCAGAUUUAUGUGCCCUUGGGACAAGACUUCUCUACUGAAUUGCUGAUAGCUGAUUUAGGAAACAUUAAAAGAAGAUUGUAUUUAUCAACGGUCCACAAGGAAUUGUCUGUAACUCCUCUACAUGCAAAAAUUCCUCUCUUUAUGAUCAAGCGCAAAAUUUGGUGCAAUCUGUGCAUUGACCUGGUAGCGUUCACCAGUGAGAUAUUCAAAGGAGCUGUUUUCCAGUCCUUGGAUGGAAUUAUUGUCUCAGCUAACUGUAAGCUGCGAAAGAUUUUCACGCUGAAGUCCAAGCCGCUGGAUGCAGCUGAUGAAGACGUUGAUGGACCAACAGAUACAAUUCCUCGAGCCUGUCAGUUAAAUUCAGAUGUGCCGCAAAUUACACAGUUGCUGAACAUGAGUAAGCUGCGCCUAUUGGAUCAAAAAUGUAGCAGUCGGCCCUUUACCUCAACAGAAUCAGUAACUCAUAUAACAAACCGAGGAUCAACGACUGCACGGAACACUAAAAGUCAAGAUGUGUCUCACAUUGCGUUUGGAUCUAAGGUCCUUGGGCCACCUCCACCUUCAGGCCGAAGGUUCGGCACAAGGGCGUCUGGAGAGGUAACAAAAUCUGGGACCAUCAGAACCAACAGGUCAUGCCAACCCUCAGCUUUGGAAAAGGGAAGGGAUCCAGUGAAAGACAGUGGCGGGUUUGAACAAUCUUCUUCACCCUCCAUUGAGGCUGUGGUCCAAGGAAACAAAGAGAAUCUUCAUCGCACAGCUCAAACUUCAUUGGACAAGGUCGUGCAAACCGCCGCCACGGAGUCGGUGCCAAAAAUGGCGACUGCCAAACGCCAGCCCACACUGGUGGCAGCCAUGUUGGGGAGGGAGACCUAUUUUGGCAGCCAUGGUGGUGAGGAUGAUAGCUACAGUGAAGGUGUGCAAGAAGCUUCAGAUCUUCAGACAAGACACUUCAUAUCAAGGUCAUCAGAACCAGUCAUUACGAAAGAAAUUCCACUGAAAAUGACAUCAGUGAGCCCCGAACAUUGGAAAAAUAAAGGGUAUUUCAUGCACAGCAGUGACAAAGACUCACCACCAAAGCCAGAAAAUGUGGUGGCGAUGACUGAAAAGGCAGAUAAUGGUCAAAGAAGUUUUUCCCCUGCUUUCUGCUUGUGCCCAAGUAGAAGCAUAUCUAAACCCUUCAAAGGAACAUCUGAUGAUGCGGGUAUUUCAAGCUAUCCUUUAAGAACUUCCAUAAGUAGAAAGUCCCUCAAAGAGAUCCCAAGUGACAAUUCAAAUCGGGAAAUGCAAAGUCACGAAUACAACUGGAGGAACUACCAGCCGGACAGCCUGAGUGCUUCUGAACUGCAGAUGUUGGCAAGUAUGAAGAGGCAACAGAACGAAGAGCUGGAAAAUAGCGGACCUUCACACGGGCUGAGCGCAUCUCAAAUUGACAAUUGCAAUAUCAGCAUCAGCGCCAGCAGCGACGACACAACAACUUGGAACUCGUGUCUCCCAGCGCCAGUCAAUCAAGGGUGUCACUAUCAGAAAGAGAUGAAUCCCCUCUCUCACUCCAACCCACGGGACUGGCUAAAUGUGUUCAGCCCUCCUAUCAUUCCUCCAAGUCAACAGCUGGAGGGACAUGCUGAAGUGGCCGCUAAUUUGACCCCUCAAGGCGAAGACGACGUGGCUGAGGAAGAUGAAGUUCUGACUCUCUUGUAUGACCCAUGCCUAAACUACUAUUUCGAUCCCGAAACGGGGAAAUAUUAUGAACUGGCAUAGCCAUGGCCCAGGCUGUGGAACAUUAACUCCGGAUUAGGCCUGUUCCAACUUGCAGGCCUUAGUCACAUCUUCUUUUCUGUCCCAUAGUCCAAAACUUUAUAUUGUUUGCUAGCUGUAGACAAAACAAAAUGUUUGUAAAUAAUACAAAACAUCUUUUCAUAGAUUUUGUGCUAUUUUAAUUGAAUUGCUUCAGAAGCUUUGGUUGGCCAGCUGACUUCAUAUAAAAUGCUGAAACGUCUUGUAAGGUUCAUUUCUAAAUGAUGGUAUCAUAAUCUUUUCACUGUUUUUUUUCCUUUCAUCUUGGAUCAUUUACGUAGACACCUUGCACCUUUGUGCUUCAGAAGAUGCUAUCUGAUAUUCGAAGGAAAGUUCUUGAACUGUCUAUUGUCCCUUUGUUAUUGGAUAUUUCCUUUUCUUUCUUUUUUUGAGUUCUCAAACGGUAGGGCACGUUUUUUAAAAAUAAAAACCUCAUAAUCCUCAGCAUACCUCAGCCUCAUAUGAGAAAGGGAAAAUGCAGCCAGGAGAUUGCUAGAAGGAACUGGAGUAUGGCAAGGAUUUUAACAGGUGGCAGAAGGAAGAAGAAUCAAAUCUUAGAGAAUCUGCCAAGGAAAAAUUUGGCAGUUACUUGGAUGUUAGAGGAAAAAUAUGGAGGAGUCAAAGAUGACUUCAAACUUGUGGGCAAUUUGAGGCUUGGAAUAUGGAAGGUAACUUGACUAGUGACUAAAGAGGGUAAGGUUCAGGUCUGAGUUUGGCCAUUUUCAAAUUCCGAGAGCCUUUCUAUACUCAGUUGAGCUGACAUUAAACAUGCUCUAUUUUCCACAAGUGGAACCUUUGCACUCAAAGCUUCUUUUGGCUACAGUAUUUGAACAGACUGCAUCUGUCACAACAAAUACAGUCUUACCUUGCUGCCAGUUUCCCAAACACAGCAAGUGUGGAUGCUGUUGCCGAACAGGAGAUCUCAUUUGACAAAGCGUCAAACUCGGUGACAGUGUCACUUACAGGAUGUCACACCAGCUGUGUCUGGUCACUGUGCUCCAUGGCUCAGUUAGCGUGUGGCAUAUGAAAAAUGACAGGAGGGAUUCUGACAUGGCCUUUGCGUGCACAAACAUCCUGGGAACUGGUGGUUUGUGACAAUAGACUUCAGAUUUUGCUCGGCCUACUUCCUCCACUUUGAGGACACUUCUUGAAAGCAGAAAUGCAAAUGUGUCACCUGACAAGCUUUCUCACAGAGAACACAAGGUCACAGACAAUAAAAAGGGAAGAGAAGAGAAUUGACAAAAAAUCGUAUGCAGAUAUACCUGGAGUUGUCAAUAAUGUAUUUUGGAGACAGAAAAGACGGAAUGGUAAUGAAGUCCCUAUGUAUGAAUACCUAGAAGGAGUUAGAAUGCCAUUAACGAUGAGGGUUUUUCAGAUUAACUAUUUCGUUUGUAAAACAGCGUAUGAUACUAAAGUGGUUACCACAAGCUCUGAUGUUCAUAAAUGUUUGGUGAUUCCAAGAGGUGGUUUUCAAAACGGAAGGAUUUUAGAAUUUUGAUAGGAAUUUCUUACCUGAAAAAAAAGACACACCUUGGUUGUAUGUUGGAUU